GAUGUCAUCAUUACCAACACCACCACAGUCCUGAGUGGAGAAUCCCUUCUGCCUUACACAAAAUAUAAGAGAAAGAGAAGGAGGGAGGUGUGGUAGGAGAAAGAUAAAGUAGAUACAUUUUGGUAGGGGAAUGUUGCAAAUGAAGUUUAAUUUGUAGACUGUUUAAGAAUAUGGUUAGGUUUACGGAUCGGAUAGGAUGAAACAUUAGAUUAGAUUAGUUUAGCUGAAACAAAAACAGAAAGAAAGAAAGAGAGAGAUAGGGGGUAAAGUGAAACAGCUGCCAGGAACUGUGACAGUGAGGGAAUUGAACAGAGACAAGCAGCAACAAAGCUGAAAGGAGUCAUUUAUUUACCAUGGGAAAAUCAGCCUCCAGGCUUUUUUGUGAGGAAGUGCUUAAGACCCAUAAUGAGUACAGAAGAAAGCAUCAGGCCCCACCUUUAAAACUCAGCAAUAAACUAAGCCGUGAUGCAACGCGAUAUGCUGAGAGCCUGGCCAGCACCAGGAUUCUGAAGCACAGCGUUGAGUCCAGUCGAGGAAACUGUGGAGAAAAUUUAGCUUGGGCAUCUUACGAUCAAACGGGUAAAGAUGUGUCUGAUCGCUGGUAUAAUGAAGUCAACCAGUAUAACUUUAACAGGCCGGGAUUCUCCUCUGCAACAGGUCAUUUCACUGCAAUGGUGUGGAAGGGCUCGAAUAAACUUGGUGUGGGUAAAGCUGUGGCUACAGAUGGCUCAACCUUCGUAGUGGCACGUUAUUUCCCUGCCGGCAACAUCACCAACGAGGGUCACUUCCAGGCUAAUGUCCUACCUUCUAAAAGCUGAGCCAAAUGUAGAUGGACAUAAUGAGAACAAGAGCAGCCCCUUAUAUUGCAGAGAACUUUAUCUGAAGGACUAAACACAGUUUACUGUAACACAGUGAGUGUGUAGUGCAGGCAUUAGCUGGCUUACACAUACACACAAGAUCUACUUGAAUGAGCUUAACUUUAGAAUUGUACAGGCUUAUAACAACUUGAACAAAGAGAGCUAAUGCUAGUUUUGCCACAAUAUUUUCAGUGUUAGGACCCAAGGGCCAAAAAAAGCCUGGUAAAAACCAAGACAUAUUAGUUACUGUACCUGUGUGAGUGUCUUCAGGUUUAAGAGCAACUCAUGGGUUGUUAAGUAAUGGUCUGGAUCACUUCAUGCAAUGUAUCAAACAUUUCUGAAGUACUAAGUAUUAAUUUCUUUUGGUCAUAUUUUUGUGCUCAUGUAUUUUUAUAUUAAUAUGAAUUAAAAUCCCAAGUGUUCAAAAGCUU